AACGUCAUUUUCACGGAAAACACAGGAAUGGCCGUGCACCAACGUAACGCCUGCAAGCGAAUGUGUUGUGAUAUUUAUCUUUACGGCGUUUAUCGAUAAGGAAGCCAGAAGAACUGAUCGUAAUGUACGGAUUUGUAAAUCACGCUUUGGAACUUCUUGUAUUAAGAAAUUAUGGUCCAGAGGUGUGGGAAGAUAUCAAGAAGGAGGCCCAGCUUGAUGUGGAGGGUCAAUUCCUGGUCAGAAUCAUAUAUGAUGACGCGAAAACGUACGACCUUGUUGCAGCUGCCAGUAAAGUUCUCAAGAUUAACGCUGGUGACAUCCUGCAGAUGUUUGGAAAGAUGUUUUUUGAGUUUUGCCAAGAGUCUGGAUACGACACCAUCCUUCGUGUUUUAGGGUCUAAUGUCCGUGAGUUCCUGCAGAAUCUGGAUGCUCUUCAUGACCACUUGGGGACCAUCUACCCUGGGAUGAGGGCUCCAUCCUUCCGCUGCACGGAUGCGGAGAAAGGAAACAACCUGAUCCUUCACUACUACUCGGAGCGCGAAGGCCUCCAGGACAUUGUCAUCGGCAUCAUCAAGACUGUGGCCCAGCAGAUCCACGGAACUGAGAUAGAAAUGAAGGUUAUCCAGCACAAGAGUGAGGAGUGCGACCACAUCAAGUUCCUGAUUGAGGAGAAGGACUCUGAGGAGGAGGCUUUCUACGAGGACCUGGACGGCUUUGAAGAGAACGGGACACAGGAGACUAGGAUCAGCCCCUACACCUUCUGCAAAGCCUUCCCCUUCCACCUCAUGUUUGACAAGGACUUGAUGCUCACGCAAUGCGGGAACGCCAUAUACCGCGUCCUGCCACAGCUCCAGCCUGGGACAUGUAAUCUCCCAUCUGUGUUCUCCCUGGUGCGUCCUCACAUUGACUUCAGUUUCCACGGAAUCCUCUCACACAUCAACACAGUCUUCGUCCUCCGCAGCAUGGAGGGCCUUCUCAACGUGGAAACCCUGGAGAGUGAGGACGAGCUAACAGGAGUGGAGAUCAGCUGCCUCAGGUUAAAGGGACAGAUGAUUUACCUGCCUGAGGCGGAGAACAUCCUAUUCCUCUGCUCUCCCAGCGUGAUGAACUUGGAUGACCUGACGCGCCGGGGGCUCUACCUGAGUGACAUCCCGCUCCAUGACGCCACGCGGGACCUGGUGCUUCUCGGGGAGCAGUUCCGUGAGGAGUACAAGCUAACGCAGGAGCUGGAGAUCCUGACAGAUCGUCUGCAGCACACGCUCAGAGCCCUGGAGGAUGAGAAGAAGAAGACUGACAGGUUGCUUUACUCGGUUCUGCCUCCAUCUGUUGCAAACGAACUGCGACACCAGAGACCGGUGUCGGCCAAGCGCUACGACAACGUGACCAUCCUCUUCAGUGGUAUUGUGGGAUUCAACGCCUUCUGCAGCAAGCAUGCCUCAGCCGAGGGUGCCAUCAAGAUAGUCAACCUGCUCAACGAUGUAUACACUCGGUUUGACAUCCUGACCGAUUCUCGGAAGAACCCUUAUGUAUACAAGGUAGAGACGGUGGGUGAUAAGUACAUGACAGUCAGUGGCCUACCCGAGCCAUGCACGCAUCACGCCCAGUCUAUCUGUCACCUGGCCCUGGACAUGAUGGAGAUAGCAGGACAGGUCAAAGUGGAUGAGGAACCAGUGCAGAUAACAAUUGGGAUCCACACAGGGGAGGUGGUUACAGGAGUGAUUGGACAGAGGAUGCCACGCUACUGCUUGUUCGGGAACACCGUCAACCUCACCAGCAGAACGGAGACCACGGGAGACAAGGGCAGGAUCAACGUUUCUGAAUACACAUACAGGUGUCUGCAGUCUGCAGAGAACGCCGACCCCCAGUUCCACCUGGAGUACCGAGGACCAGUCACCAUGAAGGGAAAGAAGGAACCCAUGAAAGUGUGGUUCCUGUCGCGCAAGAACUCUGAGGCUGACGUGGGAUCUUCUACGGUGCCUGUUCACAUCUGAGAAUCUACCGUCGAUGCUGUAGACAAUACUUACAUCAAUUAUUCACACAGAAAUGCUCAUCUUUAUGUGUCUAAUGUUUCUUAUUAGUUUGAUUUAGAAUGUUUGAACUGUUUUGAUGUAAACACAAUCAUGUCAACAUAGGGUACACUGUUAAAUAGAGGGCGCACAAAUUGCCAAAUAGCAACUAGUAUUUUGCUAGUCUUGAUUUCUCUGUCCAUUGUGUCAAAAUUGCAAUAUGCACAUGUAGUAUGUUCUGAGUCGCACACUGUAUGUCUACAUUCAUUACAACUAAUUCUACCAAUAGUAUAUAUAUUUUUUCUUCUGUCAAGGUAUUCUGAAGUAUGUUUUUCUGCUUACAGUAUUGUUGAACUGGUCUAUUUAUUUAUUGCAUGCAAGGCAAAUUAUUAUUUAAGUAUCACAGAUGUAUGUAAAGUAUUUUAUGGUUCUCAGCCAGUUAGAAUAUACAUUUUGUAAAUGUUUAUUUUAAUUCACAAUUUCCUGACCAGUAGUAAAUAGUUAUUUUUUUGCAAAGCAUUUGUGUGGUCUUGGAUAUUAAGUGUUCACCCUCACUAGCUUUCUAUUUAUAUUCUCACUCUCAAAACCACUGUCAUUGUGCCAAGUGCCUCACGAAGGAGUGUUGAGAUGUAUUCCCUCUGUAUAAAUACACCAACAAAAACUGUUUUGUGUUGAAUAAAAAUGAGG